AUGCCUCUUUACACUGCCGGCGGUGAGAAUCGUCCACAGUCGCGCAACAGCAUCUACUCCGACAUCAUCGCCCUCGUCCCUCGUGCUCUCGGUGGAGGCUUGAAUGCGGAACCGACGAACGACGGGUCGAUCCCGGACGUUCAGACUCGCGACUUUGGGUUCCUCCCUAUUCCUAUGGGCGCGCGCUGCGACCCCACCCAGCCCCCUCGUUUUGGCCUUUCCCUCAACAUUCUCUUCGCCGUAGCAAGUACCUUCACUACCGCCAACCUUUACUAUUCCGUCCCCUUCUUGCUCAAGAUCGCGGACACUUUUGGGACGACGGAGAAGGAGGUUGCUUCCAUUCCUUCGCUGAUGCUCGCAGGAUACGCCCUCGGAGUCUUCUUCGUCGCACCUCUGGGCGAUCUCGUCCGCAGGCGGCCGCUCAUCCUAGCCCUCUGCUUCAUCUCUGCAAUGCUCACAAUCGCCCUCGCCACCGCGCAAAGCCUCCCCGUGUUCCAACUGUUCUGUUUCUUCAUCGGCCUCAGCACCGUCGUCCCCCAAAUCCUCAUGCCGCUCGCGACGGACCUCGCACCACCUGAGCGCCGCGCGUCCGCGCUGUCCAUCGUUCUCUCAGGGCUCCUCUGCGGCAUCCUCGUCUCGCGUGUCCUCGGCGGGAUCGUCGCUGAGUUCGUGGUCUGGCGGAUCGUGUACGUCAUCGCGAUCUUCGUUCAGUUCAUCGUCCUCGGGCUGCUUUACUGGAAGCUCCCCGACUACCCGGCGAAAAACCCCGAGGCGACGUACUGGCAGAUCCUAUACAGCAUGGCCAAAUACGCUGUCACGGAGCCGCUCCUCGUUCAGGCGAUCAUCAUGACCGUCCCUUCGGCCGCGACCUUCACCAACUGGUGGGUCACCCUCACGUUCCUUCUCGCCGGCGAGCCCUACAACUUCAGCACCCUCGCCAUCGGCAUGUUCGGCUUCAUCGGGCUGACCGGCGUCAUCUGCGCCCCGCUCAUCGGGCGUAUCAUCGACCGCGUCUUGCUCCCCUGGACGGCGACGCUCAUCGCGAUCCUCGGCCUCAUCCUCACCUUCGCGAUCCAGACCGCUGCCGCGGGCACCUCGCUCGUCGCAGUCAUCCUCGUCUGCCUCCUCCUCGACGUCUUCCGCCAGUCGCAACAGACGUCGCUCACGGUAGCCGUGCUCGCGCUCGACCCGCGCGCGCGCUCGCGCAUCAACGCCGUCCUCCUCCUCGCUCUCUUCCUCGGGCAGACGAUGGGCACGAGCGUCGGCGCCGAGCUCUUCACGCGCCACGGCUGGCAGGCGAACGCGGCGUUCAACCUCGCGUGCACGCUCUUCUCGCUCGCGGUGCUGCUCGCGCGCGGCCCGCACUGCAAGCGCUACACGUGGCUCGGGUGGGAGGGCGGCCUGGAGCUGCGGCGGAGCAGGGUCGAGGCGGUGAAGCGGGCGGCGGAGGAGCGCGACCCAACGCGGCGCUGGAGCGGGGAGACGACGAUCGUCGAGAUGGUCACGACGCCGGAGGAGGCGGACGGAGUGGACAAGAAGAAGCCGCAGCUGACGGUGCACGAGCGCGCGGCGGGCACGGAGGCCGACGCUGUCGGGCUUGCGGUAUAG